UACGUGAUUGGUUCAACAAAAAUGACAGAUGCGCGGCGUUUAGACACCCUGCCGUCUGACGUUCUGAUCUUAAUUUUCGACUACUGUCAUGCAUUCGACUUGGUACGACUCAGUGAAGUAUGCACACGAUUCUAUGACAUUAUACGGGGAGAAACGCUUUGGAUCAAGAAGAGCAAACAGCCGAUCGCGACGAAUCAAACUUCGAGAAAAUUUCGCGAAAGGUGUAAUCCAUUACUAUGCUUGCGCACAAAGUGGCAUGUUUCACACAAUUGGCAGUAUGGCAGAUACGAGAAGAGGGUCCUCUCCUCACAGAAAAUAAAACUCAUGCCAUGGAUUCAACUAACCAGUGAUAUUCUAUGGUGGAGUGGUGGGAAUCAGCUGUGUGGUUUCAAACGCACAUGGCAUUCCCAUGAAGCGCAACAAAACAAUCGUAUUUUAGUUAAUGACAAUAUUAGAAGUGACAUAUGUAAGUUCAUUGUCAGAAAUGAAUGCAUCAUCACUGGUCACAGGGACGGUAGUAUACAAUUUUGGACAAAGUCAAGAUGUGAUGAAAGUAUAGACUUUUACUGUAGUAUUGAUAGGGCUCAUACUUCAGAUGUAAAUGCAGUAGACGAGACCUGUGAUGCAAUUAUGUCAGGUUCCGGUGAUGGGACAGUGAAGAUUUGGGGACCUGUAGGACAAAGAUUCCUGAACAUACCUGUGGCAACUUUAAACAUUGCAGAUAGGGUGUGGUCGCUUUCUGCAGAUCCAACGGGUAAAAAAGUUGCUGUGGGCUCUGCUGGAAAUAGUGACAGUCCUCCGCUUCAUAUAUUUGAUCUUGAAUGUUACAGUGAAUCACACAUACUAAAUCACAAUUGGCAACGUGGAGCAGGAAUAUUAGACAUGGUCUGGGAUAGUCCCCAAAUUCUGCUCACUUGCGGAUAUGAUACUUACAUUCGGAAAUGGGACUUGAGAACUGGAACAUGCGUAUACUCGUGGGCAGACCCAACUGACGCAACUAUAUAUUGCAUAUCAUCCGAUUAUUAUUAUACAAUGCUCACCGGAACUCAAUUCAACUGCAAAACUGUUCUAUGGGAUCAAAGACAGAGAAAUUAUGUACAACUCUAUUUCAUGAAUCUUAGCAGAAUGUCAAGUCCCGUUUACUGUCUAGACUUCGACAGUGCUCAUUUGUAUGGAGCCACGGAUCAACAUUUAGUUGAACUUACGUUCUCAGGAUAUUCAUACAAAGAGACCAAUUAUAAAGAAAUUCUUAGGUACGAACGAAUAAGGACAAAUUAGGU